CAUGCAUGGACCCAUAGAUGAAAUAUUAAGGGCCAGGUUUUUGCUCCUCAUCCUAUUUUGAUCAAGAUGGCCAUCAGGUGUGCUUUGGCAAUAAUGCUUGUUGCCCUUUCUUCAGUCAAAGGGCAGGAUCAAGUAGAAUGUAUCCACCCAUAUUUAGAAGUGGGGGGACGUUGCCUCUACAUUGAUCCUUGGGUCAAAGGACCUAUGAAAACCAUCAGAGACAUGUGCAAAUACCACAAUGGUGAGCUUCUCUGGUUGGACGGUGUCUAUGACUGUGACUUUUACAGGGCUCUUAUGGACCAUCUUCAUGAGAACAAACUGAAUGAGCACGAUUACUGGCUGGGCAUCACUGACGAGGGCCAUGAAGGAACCUGGAGGUAUGUCAAGAAUAAUCAAGAAGUUAGAAUGGGAGCACCUUACUGGAUUGGUAACAACCCAGAUGGUUUGGAAAAUGAGAACUGCGCUGCCAUGCUCAAAGCAAAUGCAUAUUACUGGGCAGAUGUCAAAUGUGAUUUAGAAUUAAGUGUCAUUUGUAGAUAUGCUAAAUAACAUCAAGACAGGUAUCACAUGAUGUGAAAAUUUUGAUUACCAAGUUUCUAAAAAUUAGAGAGAUUUCACUGAA